GAAACAUAAACUUGUGCCCGGCAAAACUUCAUCAGUACACGCGGGAAGAUGGUGGCGCCCUCACUCAAUAUGGCGACUAUUGCUAUGAAUUGGUUCCGAUCAAAACAAUCUGGUCCAAAGCAGAGCGGGAUUGUAUGGCCAAAGGCGGCGAUCUUUUUCAUGUCGACGGUCCAGGGCUGCAAGAUUACAUUUAUAGGUGGAUUAAAUCUUACAAUUUUGAUCAUGCCGUAUGGAUGGGGUUGCAUGACGUACGCACAGAGGAGAAUUUUGAAUGGAUAUCGGGUGACCAUGUGAUAUAUCUGAACUGGUAUUCGGAUAGGAAAGGUAAUCUAGCCAGUCAUUAUAACGAAGAUUGCGUUCUGUUUGUACCUUAUGCGCCAUACUACGGUAAAUGGGAUGACGUCAUAUGUGGCUCAACAACACUAUUCGGUGACAUAGGACAGCAAAAUCCAUUUAUUUGUGAAUAUUCACUACGACCACAUCACGUGGAUACAAUAGUCGGAUAGACUGUCAGAGUAGAUGAAUUUACUGUCGUCAGAAAUACAGAAUGAAAGAAAAAAAAAGAUCGUGUGUUUGUUCUCCUUUUGUUAGUCAGUAUAAUAAACGAGUCU